AUGUCCUUCCCGCAGCUGGGCUACCCGCAAUACCUAAGCGCCGCGGGUCCGGGCGCCUACGGUGGAGAGCGCCCUGGGGUGCUGGCUGCGGCCGCAGCUGCUGCGGCCGCCGCCUCGUCGGGCCGGGCGGGGACUGCGGAUCUGGGAGCGGGCGCGGGAGCGGCCGCGGUCACCUCGGUGCUGGGCAUGUACGCCGCGGCGGGACCGUACGCGGGCGCACCCAACUACAGCGCCUUCCUGCCCUAUGCCGCGGACCUCAGUCUCUUCUCGCAGAUGGGCUCUCAGUAUGAACUCAAGGACAACCCCGGGGUGCACCCAGCUACCUUCGCAGCCCACACAACGCCUGCUUAUUACCCCUAUGGCCAGUUCCAAUACGGGGAUCCUGGACGGCCCAAGAAUGCCACGCGUGAAAGCACCAGCACGCUGAAAGCCUGGCUCAACGAACACCGGAAGAACCCGUACCCCACCAAAGGAGAGAAGAUCAUGCUGGCCAUCAUCACCAAGAUGACCCUCACACAGGUCUCCACCUGGUUCGCCAACGCGCGCCGGCGCCUCAAGAAGGAGAACAAGGUGACUUGGGGGGCGCGCAGCAAGGACCAGGAAGACGGCGCCCUCUUUGGCAGCGACACCGAGGGCGACCCCGAGAAGGCCGAGGACGACGAGGAGAUCGACCUGGAGAGCAUUGACAUUGAUCAGAUCGACGAACGUGAUGGCGACCAGAGCAACGAAGACGACGAGGACAAGACGGAGGCUCCUAGGGCGCGCGUAGCCCCUCCCGCCUCUGCUCGGGACCAGAGCUCCCCGUUGUCAGCCGCCGAGACACUCAAGUCCCAAGAUUCGCCCUUGGGCCUAGUUAAGGAGGUCUCAGAGCCCGGCAGCACGCGCCUGCUGAGUCCUGGCGCCGCGGCAGUCGGCCUGCAGGGCGCGCCGCACAGCAAGCCCAAGAUCUGGUCUCUGGCUGAGACAGCCACUAGCCCCGACGGUGCGCCUAAGGCAUCUCCACCGCCACCCUCCAGCCAUGCCAGCGCACACGGGCCGCCCAGCGGCUCGCCCCUGCAACACCCGGCCUUUCUACCCAGCCACGGACUGUACACCUGCCACAUAGGCAAGUUUUCCAACUGGACCAACGGCGCGUUCCUAGCACAGGGCUCGCUGCUGAACAUGCGAUCUUUCCUGGGCGUCAGCGCGCCGCAUGCAGCACCUCACGGUCCACACCUGACCGCACCGCCACCUCCGCAGCCGCCUGUUCAGGUUUCCACCGGGGUGCUCCAUGGUGAGAAGGCCUCUGCGCGUAGCAGUCCUGCACUUCCAGAGAGGGACCUAGUCACCAGGCCGGAUUCGCCCCCACAGCAGCUAAAGUCACCCUUCCAGCCCGUGCGCGACAACUCGCUGGCGCUGGCCCCGCAGGAGGGAACGCCUCGGAUCCUCGCAGCCCUCCCGUCUGCCUGA